CCUACCGCGAUAUGUCGUAAGACGGCAUUGAAAGAGAAUAUGUGUAGAAAUCGCGGUUAAAAAAAUUAUUAAAAAUAAUUUAGUUUUAAAUUGAAAUGAACUAUUUUGGCUGUGCAAGUUAGAGGUCAUAGUGUUACAAAAUAAUUAAAAAAAAAACUUUUGGCGGGAAAAUAAAUGUCAAUUACUGUGAUAAAAAUGAAGUUAUUUUGUUUUAUAUUUUUUUGUGUUGGUGUACGAUUGGUUCAAUUACAAGGCCUGGGAUCGGGUUCUGAUGGAAACUUGCGAGUCUGUAUCGUUGAAGGUCGAGGUCCUUUAAAACGCGGCGCCACAUUUUGUCCACUUCUAGACGCCGAGGAUUCUGGAUUGGAAUGCGUGUUGGGAUCAGAUCAACUCGAUUGCUUACGACGUAUCAGCAAAGGCACGGUGGACUUCGGAGUGUUCAGCCCCGAAGACUUGAUUGCAGCGCAGUGGGCUGACAUAGACGUUCUCGUCACCAACGAACUCAGAAAUCGACAUCGACCGUUCGAGCGCAGUGUAGUAGCGGUCGUCAAUAAUCGUAUCCUGCCAGAGCACGAGUCCUCAUUGGAUGCAGUUCUGAGGAACAGCUCGCUUUGCCAUCCAGGAGUGGGCGUGAACACCCUUCGGCCGCUAUCUGAUACGUUAUCAGGGUAUCUGGAGUCGCUGAUCAUACCACGCGCCUGUGACCCAGAACUGACGCUGACGGAGAACAGACUCAAAGCAAUUGGCGAGUUCUUCAAUAGAGCUUGCAAAGCUGGACCCUGGGUCCCCGAUCAUGAUGGAGAUUUGGAGCUUAAACGUAAGUACAGGUCUCUGUGCGCGGCGUGCGCGAGCCCCGACUGCAGCUCGGAGGACAAGUACUGGGGGCCCAUCGGCGCGCUGCAGUGCCUCGCGGAGGGCGCGGGGGACGCCAUGUGGGGGGAGCUGGACGACGUGCUCGCCUACUUCGGGAUAAACUCGACGUCGAAGUCCCCCGCGAUGUCCCCCGAGGGCUUCUCGUUCCUGUGUCGCGACGGCUCGUACUCCCCGCUGGACGCGCCGCCCUGCACGUGGCUGCAGAGACCCUGGCCCGUCGUCAUCGCCAAACGAAAAGCAGUCCACGAUGUUAGUAAAUUGAUCUCAUCGCUAAAGGAAGAAGAUCUCUUCAAUAACCAUUGGCGAGGAGCCCUAACAGCUCUCUUAGAGAUACGCCAGGCCCCCACGCCGCUGAACCCGCCUCGAGUCCCCUUAGACUACUUAGCAUCAGCGAAGGGCUUCAGAGAGGCGUACAGUCAAAGUGGAUGCGAUCCACCGAGACACAUAACACUCUGCACGACGACAUUACUGGAGAAGAAUAAAUGCGAAUGGCUGAGUGAGGCGGGCGCGGUGUACGGUGUGAACCCGCCCUUACAGUGCAUCCUGCGGGACGACCACGCGGCCUGCCUGCGCGCCGUGCACUCCCGGGAGAGCGACGUCAGUGUUGCCAGUGGAGACGCGAUACCCACUGCUAUGAGAGAUUUCAAUUUACGUCCACUUCUAUUCGAAGUCACUCCAAUCGUCGAGAAGAUGGACACAGUUUUGGCGUACGUGAGAGCCGACGCCAUCAUAAGCAACAUGGCCGACUUGCGCGGGAAACGAGCCGCGUUCCCGCGCUACGACGGCGUCGCCUGGCAUUCCGUUCUACGCUACAUACAGAAGAAAGAAAAAAUUAACUGCUACGACGCAACGUUCAAUUACUUCAGUGAAAUAUGUGCUCCCGGUGUUGAAAAAUACAAUACGACCAGUGAAAUUGUUGAUAAGUUCACGAGUGCCUGUUACAAAGAGGACGGGAGGGUAACGGGCGGGGAAAUGGCGGCGUUACGCGCGCUGGUCGAGGGGAGGAGCGACGUUGCUUUUAUUAGCAUGAAAACCUUCAAAAUGUAUCAGAACAAACUAAUUAUGGAACCCUGGGCCAGCACCAUCGUCGACAUUAUCUCAAUAUGCCCCGAAGAAAACACAAAAUAUUGUUACAUAUCUUGGUCAAACAUUGGCCACAUAUUUGCCGCCAACAACAUAACAGAAAUGAGACGACACGAAAUCAUAACAGUUUUCACCAAACUCGACCAACUGUUUGGCAAACAUCAACCAUUCCACAGCGUCAUGUUCACUAUGUACGGUCAAUUUAAUCACCAACUCGACAUAUUGUUCCACAAUAACACAAAGAUACUCACCACCGAGAAUAUAUUAAACAUGCACCCGUACAGUUCUAUGCCUUUGAAUUUCGAACGAAGUUUUCUAAAUAACACAUCUGACAGCUGUCAGAUUACAGAUUUGGCGCCAAGUGCGGCUGCUUACAAAAUGGCGCCAAUGUUUUUACUUCUAAUAUCAGCUUUGCUCACUUACAUAUUAAGUAGUUAGCGUUUUUAAAUUUAGAAAAAUGUUACAUAAAUAGUAAA